CCAACMWUAACUUCAAAACCCAAUCAAAACGCCAUUGUCAUUGAAAACUCAGACUUGAGCUUUACUUGCAYAGCGGUGGGCCCUCCAACACCAAAUGUUACUUGGGUACACGUUAUAAGAGGGGUUACUCUUAGCAAAGGUCUAGGGACUGCAGAACUACGAUUACCGAACAUUAACAGGAUGCAAAGUGGAUCGUACGAAUGUCAGGCAAUCAACAACCCUAACGAAGRACCUGUUGUUUCUAAAACUAUGGUUACAGUCUAUUACAAACCGACGGUUGAAAAUGCAUCUUCUACGGUUARCAUCAGCUCAUGGACUGGCAACACAAUAUCCCUGAGGUGUAAAUGGUCUAGCUCACUUCCAGGUCCAACCUGGACAUGGUAUAAACCAAAUGGUGACCGCAUCACAAAUAUCAGUAGUAUUGGUAGKGGUAGUGAGGUCACAGUGGUGACUGGCCAUGGCAGCGAUGAUUACGGAACGUACACUUGUAAAGCAACAAAUGUUGCUGGUAGUGAUCAGCAUAACAUAUCARUCACUCGUAUCUUUCCACCUGGUCCACCACAAGUCAUUGAAGUUGUAGGUAUUCAAUCAUCAUCAGUAAUGAUUAUCUGGACAAGACCAGUGGACAAUGGAGGAAGUCCU